AUGAGUGAAUUCCUGAAAAAUCGAACAAUAGCUCAACAUGCACGUAUUCUUGAAGCACAUGUAAGCAAUACUCUAGCCGGACAACAGCAGCAACCAUCAGAAUGGUCAACAGUUCAUCGAACCGAGGGUCCAGCUUCAUAUGCUCAAGAACGUAUUUGGCUGGAUGAACAAGUUCGAUUCGAUCAGCAUAAAGCGUCGAUUGCUAUGUACAAUCUUCCUUUUGUUUUCAAGUUAGAAUCCGGUCAAUUGUCAAUUCAACGCCUUCGUCAAGCUCUUAGACUUGUCAUCAGCAAGCACAGUACCUUGCGAACAGCGCUACAGUUUCAUGAUGAUUGUCUCUGGCAACAUAUUCUUUCAAUUGAUGAGCAAAAUUUCGAAUUCAAGGAAAGCUCUAUAUUGAACGACGAAAGACUCACAUCAAUAGUUAUUGAUGAAGAAACAAAUCGGUCUCUUUUUAAUACUGAACAAGGACGUACUGUCCGCUUGCACAUUGUGCGGCAACACAGCGAUAACGAAAUGGAAGAUAAACUUGUGUCAAACGAUAUUAUUAUUUUCAAUUUUCAUCAUUCAGCUUUUGACGGCUCAUCAAUCAAACCUUUCUUUACGGAUUUUGCUGAUGCUUACUGCAAUCAAAAAUUGGCACCAUUCGAUUCGAAUGCAAUGACCUAUCUCGCUUAUGCUUCAUAUGAACGUUCGAUCGAUUUCACAGAGGACAAACAAUUUUGGGAAAAAACUUUGCACGGCUAUGAUUUCACAAAGCAUAUUGCUCUUCCCUACGAUCACCGAGAAUGUCUGACUUUUUCUCGUUCUGGUCGUGGGAAAACUAUUUCUUUUGAACUCGAAACACAAUUAAUACAAUCGAUAACGCACUUUACGAGUGAAACAAAUGUUUCCUUAUAUCAAAUGUUUCUUGCCAUCUAUUUCGUCUAUUUGUUCAAACUGGCUCAAAACGAUCCGGACUUAUAUGUACUAAGUGUUGUUGCCAAUCGACUUCAUCAUGAACUUCAUUCGAUGGUCGGUAUGUUCGUCAACACAAUUCCUUGUCGUUUACAGCUAGAUCCUCAUUGUCCAUUCGAUAAGUUUGUUGUUACUGUUCAACAUUUUUUAAUCAAAGCCCUCGCACAUUCUCAAUUACCUUAUCAACAAAUAGUAUCGUCGAACUCGAUUGCUGCCAAUACAUUAUUCCGAUUUGAAACAAGAGAAGAAUAUGCUGCAAGUGACAUCAUGUCAAUGAUCGACAAUGUCUGUUUGAGUGAUGCUGGUUCACCAAAUGGCGACAGUAGUCAAGUUGCUAUGUUUGAUCUUAUUCUUACUGUUCGCUACGAUUCCAACAACAAGCAUAUGAAAAUAUUAUUUACUUAUUCAAAAGAUCUUUUUGAGGAAUGCACGAUAAAUACAAUGGCACAACGUUUUCGCAUUCUUCUGCGACAACUAUUUGAGCAAAACCUUGGACGACAACAGCCAAUCUUUAGUCUCUCAUUGCUCUUACCCAACGAGGUGACACUUCAACAAGAACUCAACAAUACUCAAUUAGAAUAUCACGAUGAUAACGAACGACAAAGAGCAAAGAACACUAUUGGCCAGUUUUUUAGUCAACAAGCUGCUAAUCUGUCACAAAAGGUGGCCGUCGACUAUGUAGUAUGUAAACGUCUUCUAUUUCCAUUGGGUAUGUCGCAAAUGCAAGAUGCACUCUUUUCAUCUAGCUACUAUCGUUGGUGGUUUCUGCAACGUUUGUGGACUUUAAACACUUUCUGGCUUAGCCAUAUUUCGGGUACGUCAUUUUACAACUCAUAUCUGCGCCUAUGUGGUGCUCGUAUCGGUCAACAUACGAUCAUUGAUACGACAUUUAUCGAUGCACCUGAUCUUCUCCAGAUCGCCAAUUCAACUUACAUCGGUGACGAAGCUGUUCUCUCUUCUCUCACUUACUAUGAUCGCACAUUUAAACUUCAUCCAAUUCGAAUAGGUUCGAAUUGUGCGAUUGAUUGUCGAACUGUUCUCUACAAUGGAGUCGAAAUGGAGGAACGAGUCCUAGUCAAAUCCAUGUCGCCAGUUACUGGGUAUUUUUCAAGUGGAUCGAUUGUCGAUGGUCCAUUGAAACAAAUUGACAAAGAAUGGUCCAACUCAAAGAACAAUAAUCAUGCUCUAUCCAAACCACAAAACGUUUUUCAACUUAUAUCAAUUUUGAUGAUGCUCUUUCUCCAUAUUUUCAUUGUCACAUUCACCUGUUGGUGUUUGUCAACGAAGAUGCCAUUAUUCAUUCGACUAGCCAUCGUAUGGCUUACUUGGUCUACGGGUCGCAUGAUUCCGUGCGUCGUUCUUCUUAAGUUCAUCGUUGGUGAAGCACAGCCUGGCAUAUAUUCGCUGAAUUCAUGGUAUUUCUUACGAAAAUUCUGGCUUCGGCAACUUGUCGUUCGAUCACUGGCAUUCUCAUUCGUAUCUAAUAUCGGUCCCUAUCAUCUGCUAUUUCCUCGUCUUUUGCAAUGGUUAGGUGCUCGAAUCGAUGAAGCGAACGAUGUUCGUAUUUCUCAACCUCAUUUUCUACUCGCUUUUCCAACUAAUCUCGUCCAUAUCGAACAAGGUACUACAGUGAAUGGAUUCGUUCUGUUUAUUCCAUUUACAGUGACGACAGAUGGUCUAUGUAAAGUCAAUUGUAUCCGACUCGGAAGAAAUGCUCAAUUCGGAAAUCAUUGCACUAUUCAGCAGGGUGCGAAUAUUGCUGAGCGAACGCUUGUUGGCACAAUGACACGAAUUAAUGAAGAGACGAACACUGUAAUUGAUAAUGAUAGUCCGGGCCAUGUUGUACUCGGAAUUCCAGCUCGAUUGAUGCCAUUUCAACGAGAUAUUCCAAUUUCGGUAUCAGCAAACAAAUCUUCGCCGUACAUUUACUCUGAUUUGGCGAGUGCUAUCUGUGUUCAAUUUCUGGUCAAGGUAAUCAUAUCAUUUCUAUUUGUCCAUGCGUAUCUUCUUCUACCGAUCUAUUUCCUCCUUGCGGAACAUUUUAUUUCACUCUUUUUCUUUGCAUUACCACGUGAAAUUUGUUUGCUUGAUCGCAUUAAUCGCUGGCGAUAUCAAUUGAGCGCAAUUUUGACACUCGAUUUUUAUACGUUCAUCGCACCACUUCUGGGUGGUACACAAUGGUUAGUCAUUCUUUUUCGUCGUCUCAAGGCGAACAUUGGUCAAGAUGUCAUUAUUGGUGAGAUUAAUGCAAUUGAAGAUUGGAAGCAUGUCUCUCUUGGGUCACACGUUCGUGUAAGUGCAACAGCCAAAGUUCAGGUGAGAGACACUUAA